AUGUCGACGACCUCGUCGACCUCCCCUGCGCCGGCGUCUCCUCCCAUCACCUCCACGGCUCACAUCCACGCGCACCAGCACCAGCAGCACACUCACCAUCCUCCUCUGCCCUCCUCCUCCUCCUACCACCUCGACGACGGCGAGGACGAGGACCACCCCCGGCUCUCGCCAUCCUCCUCGUCGCCGCCACAGCACCACAUCCACCCGACGCUCCCGUCGCCAGAGACCGAGCGCGGCAUCUCCUCGGCCCGCAGCGCCAUCGUCGCCUCCAUCAGCAACCUGGUCGACACGGAGCUGCAGUCGCGCGCCGCCAUGCUCCACGACAACGCCGCCGCACUCGACAAGCAGGAGCGCAGCGUCGUCGCGGCGACGGCGGGCCUGCGCCGCGAGCGAGAGCGCCUGGCGCGCGAGGCCGACGUGGCCGCCCGCAAGAUCAAAGAGCUGGGCAACGUCCAGAACUGGGCCGAGGUCCUCGAGAGGCAGUUCCUCGUCCUCGAGGAGACGGUCCGCCUGGCCAACAACGGCGGCAGCAGCGACGCCGACAGCAACUGCAGCUGCAGCUGCUCUGAGUGCGGCGGGCCCGCGAGCGAGUGUGGGCUGGUGGCCAGCGGCAGGGUCCAGAGCAGCCGUGACCACGGCGGCGUCGACGAGGGCGCGGCUGACCCCAGCGGCGGUGGCAGCAAGGGCGACGGCGACAGCGCCAAGGAGCAGCCCAUCAGCGUCGCGGACCUGUCUCUGUCCGAUGCGAGCCAAAGCCUGAACGAGCCAGGGUCUGGCACGGGCACCAGCUCGACCAAGAGCCCGGAAACGGCCUCGACGACUACUUCAAUUUAG